AUGGAAGAGCUGGGUGAGCUUCUUGGCAGAGAGGCCAAGGCAAAGGGAGCCCAUGUCCUUCUCGGUCCGACUAUCAACAUCCAUAGGUCACCACUCGGUGGCCGAGGCUUCGAGUCCUUCUCAGAGGAUGCGGUGCUUUCGGGAAACUUAGCUGGUCAUUACUGCCGGGGGAUCCAGAAGGAAAACAUCAUUCCCACCCUCAAGCACUUUGUGUGCAAUGACCAGGAGCACGAGCGAAAAGCAGUCGAUGUCAUUGUGACUAAUAGGGCCCUGAGGGAGAUCUACCUCUUGCCCUUCCAGAUCGCUUUAAGGCUGUCGGAUGCAGAGGCAAUCAUGACGUCGUACAACAAAGUUGGGGGCACGCACGUGAGCGAAAACAAGGCUCUGAUCGAUGGAGUCCUGCGAAAGGAUUGGAAGUGGGACGGGACAAUCAUCAGCGACUGGAAUGGCACUUUCAGUGUGACCGAGGCUAUCGAGGCAGGGCUGGAUUUGGAAAUGCCCGGGCCCUCCCGCUUUCGCAACCAGGCUCUCACUGCAUGUUUUUCAGCCAACAAGAUCACCCCAGCCGUACUAGACGACAGAGUCCGGAAUGUCCUGAAAUUGGUCAAGAGAGCAGCUGCUUCUGGCAUCCCCGAACGAGCCCCGGAACGAGAAAUCAACCUCCCCGAAAACAGUGCUCUCCUUCGACGUGCAGCGUCCGAGUCUAUUGUUCUUCUCAAAAACGAAAGACAAAUCCUGCCCCUGGACUCGGAAAAGGCUGUUGCCGUCAUUGGACCAAACGCCAAAGCGGCCUUUACUUGCGGCGGAGGGUCGGCCUGGCUGCCCGGUUAUUACUCCAUCAGCCCUUUGGAGGGGAUCAAGUCCAGAGCCCGCGGCCAGGUACAGUUCUCACGUGGCAUCUUCUCUUUCAAGGAGAUGCCAAUGCUGGGGCCCCUGUUGAGAACUCCCGAUGUGGACAACGAGACGGUUCAACAUGCCGGGAACUCCUUUUUUGGGAUGGGGACCGUGGAGGAGCGCGGAUUCAAACAGCUCGAGGCAGGCAUAGAGUACAAGAUAUUGUUUCGCUUCGGAAGCGCACCCCUCAGCAAGGUAACCAACCCGAAAGUAGUAUCCUUCGGCAAAGGCGGCUUCUCAUUCGGCGCCAGUCUCCGAAUCGACACGUCUCAGGCCAUAGCCGAUGCCGUAACCCUGGCUGCCUCCGUAGAGCAGUCAAUCUUGGUCGUAGGGCUCAACGGAGAGUGGGAAUCUGAAGGAUUCGACAGACCUAAUAUGGAUCUACCACCGCACACGGACGAACUCGUCUCGGCGGUACUCGCGGCCAACCCGAACACCGUCAUAGUCAUCCAAAGCGGAACUCCUGUCAGCAUGCCCUGGAUUAAUGAGUCUGCCGCAGUCAUUCAAAGCUGGUACUCAGGCAGCGAGGGCGGGAAUGGCUUAGCAGACGUGAUAUUCGGGGAUACAAACCCGUCAGGCCGUCUGCCAUGGACUCAACCAAGACGAAUCGAAGAUAAUCCAUCAUUCUUAAACUUUGGAUCUGAGUCUGGACGCGUCUUGUACGGUGAAGAUGUGUACGUUGGAUACCGUUACUACGAGAAAUUGGGCUUGGACACCCUGUUCCCGUUCGGUUAUGGUCUUUCAUACACUACCUUCCUAGGCACUGCGCUGGAGGUCACCGUCUCUGAGGAAAAGCCGCAGCUGGGCGAAGAUGAACAAGUCCGCAUUCAAUUGAAUGUUGCCAACACCGGCAGUCUUGCAGGAUCCACGGUGGUACAGGUCUUUAUUGCACCCGCGCCGGAGACUAUUCAAGCCGGAGGUGUCGGCCGCCCAGUCAGAGAGCUCAAGGGCUUUACCAAGAUCCAUCUCCCCCCCGGUCGCUCAGAGAAUGUCAGCGUCAGCAUCUCAACGAGAUUAGCGACCAGCUGGUGGAACGAGAGACGUGACCAAUGGCAAAGCCAGAGUGGCGUAUACGAGGUUCGCGUGCUCACUUCGCCGGAAAACGUACUCAAGAGGACCUUCGAACUUUCAUGCACAAGAUAUUGGUCUGGUCUUUAG